AUCUUAGUGAAUUCUUGAUUUUUGCAGAAGUCUGAUAUGAAGAAAAAGGUAAUUGAGAAGCCAAGGCUAGUGUUAAAAUUCAUAUGGAUGGAGAAGAAUAUUGGACUUGGUCUUGAUCAAGUGUUACCAGGACAUGGCAGUGUACCAUUGAGUCCUUACUUUUUUUGGCCAAGGAAAGAUGCAUGGGAAGAGCUGAAAACAACAUUAGAGAACAAGCCAUGGAUAUCACAAAAGCAAAUGAUUAUUUUGCUUAAUCAAGCAACUGAUAUCAUCAACUUGUGGCAGCAGAGUGGUGGCAAUUUGUCUUAACUGUUUUGGUAUUUAUUUGUAGGACUAUGAUUUCAAGUUUGUUUUGUUUUGUUUGGGAUGUGUCCUCUUCUUUUAAGUGUACAAUAGUGAAGGAGAACAAUUGGAAAAAAGAGUUGUCGUUUUUAUGUCAAAA